AUGAACCCUUCGCCGACGCUCCUCGAUCUUCCACCGGCUCUUCGAAUUCGAAUCCUUAGCUACCUCCUCGUCCGGGAAACUGACGUGGAAACGCCGUCUAAGAAAAAGAACGACCCCUACAACCAGUACCUCCACCCCUUCACCUUCUUCAUCGACCGCGACCGCAUCUCCAAAACUCCCACCGCGCGCGGAUACCCCGGCCACACCAAGCAGAAAGCAUCCACUCGCAGCGAGAUCAACGACGGAGUCUUCCUCGUGUGUAAGGCGAUACGAGAAGAAGCCCUCGACGUCUGGUUCUCCCACGUCACAAUCACCUUUCAGGAAUUCUCCCGGCAAGCGAAAUACCUCGAAGGUCAGCCUGUUUGCUCAUCGAGAGGAGGUCCAGUCGCGACGUUCGGCCGAGCGGAUGCCAUCGCCACGCUAUCGCACUCCGAUGAUGAGUCGGGAUGGUUGAGCCGGGUGCGGCGUUGCGAGGUGAGGUUUACUGUGGAGACGGAGUGGGAACUGCGACAUUUCCCUUCCAAACUCUCCCUCCUCAUGUCUAAUCUCAACAUGCAGAAGAUGCAGCGGUUCCGCGUGGUGGUGAGGUUUGUGAAGACGUGGUUUUAUCAUCAUCGGCCUCAUCGGGCUUUUAGUUGGCGCAUGGCGGGUGUUUUGAGGAGUCGGGUGGAGGAGCAGAAAGGUGUUGGGGAGGCUACGUGGAGGGGGGUUGUGAGGGAGGUGGAGGGGUUGGGGUUGAGGAGGUGGGAGGGGAUGCAUGAGGUUUUUUUUUGGCAGACGUGGGAGAUGGCUGAGGGGGGCUUGGGGUCGUUUGAGGAGUUGGGAGGGGUGAUGGGGGCUGUUGUUAGGGGGUCUGAUACGAGCGGGGGUUGA